AGCCUGCACCUUACUGGGAAGGAACAGCUGUCAUCAACGGAGAGUUUAAAGAGCUAAAAUUAACAGAUUAUGAAGGAAAAUACCUUGUCUUCUUUUUCUAUCCUCUUGACUUUACGUUUGUAUGUCCAACCGAGAUAAUCGCCUUCAGUGACAGAAUUGAAGAAUUCAGAGCAAUAAACACUGAAGUAGUAGCAUGUUCCGUGGACUCAAAGUUCACUCACUUAGCAUGGAUCAAUACUCCUCGAAAACAAGGAGGGCUUGGACCAAUGAAGAUUCCACUUCUGUCGGAUUUGACCCAUCAGAUUUCAAAGGACUAUGGCGUGUAUCUGGAAGAUCAAGGGCAUACACUUAGAGGCCUUUUCAUUAUUGACAAUAAGAGGAUCCUUCGGCAGAUCACAAUGAACGACCUUCCAGUUGGGAGAUCAGUGGAUGAAACACUUCGUUUAGUGCAAGCAUUUCAAUACACAGACAAACAUGGAGAAGUUUGCCCUGCUGGCUGGAAACCUGGCAGUGAAACAAUCAAGCCAGAGGAAGCCAUGAGAGUGUGGUGGCCAAGGGAAGAACUAUAAUUCCUGAUCCCGCUGGGAAGCUGAAGUAUUUCGAUAAGCUAAACUGAGGCUUACUUCUGUUGAAUUCCAUAGGUCACGUUCAGCUUGAUUUUUGACAAUAAAAUUUCAUUAAUUUUGUUA